AUGACGGUGGCCGAAUACGAGAGCAAGUUCACGCAACUGGCUCAAUUUGUGACAUACGUCAUCUCCACCGAAACUCGAAAAGCCAGGAAAUUCGAAGUAGGAUUGGAUGCCGAAAUCAAGGACAGGCUGGAGGUUUUGAAACUACCAACCUAUGCGAAGGUGGUGGAUCGAGCAUACAUUGUGGAAAAAGAGAUUAAAGCCUUGCGCUCUAAGGAACCCAGCCAAAGGAAGCGAGUUUGGGAAAGAGAAAACAGAAGACCUGGUGUCGCGCCUCCCAAGAGAGGACAAUGUCGUCGAGACACAGGAGCAUGCUUUAGAUGUGGCCAAGUUGGCCACUUGUUGAGAGAUUGUCCAAAGCUUGCCAAUCCUACAACUGGCCCCUCUGAACCAGUCCAAAAACCCGCAGUACCUGGAGGAGCAAGGAGGGACCAAAAAGGCCAAGGAAGAGCUUUUGCCCUGGUGCCUGGAAACCCAGAAGUUACUGAGAAUGUUAUGUCAGGAAUGGAUUGGUUAGCUGCCAACCAUGCUUCUAUUGAUUGUGAAGCCAAAAAGGCCCCCAUACUUGAUGAAAUCCCUGUGGUACGAGAAUUUUCGGAUGUAUUUCCUGAAGACCUACCUGGUAUUCCGGUUGAUCAAGAAAUCGAAUUCACCAUUGAAACCCAACCUGGUACAUAA